AAACAUUAUAUAUAUAUACAUACAUAUAUACCAUACGCAUGUUUGUAUGAAAGAACUGGGUUUAACAAAUUUUCAAUAGAAAUUUUAAGAUUUUUAAUAACGUCCAAUGUAUCCAAAUUUAUGUAAUAAGAUUUAAUUUGUGCUUUUUGUUAUAUUUAAAAUAUGUCUUUGGUGGUUUUUAAUAAGUUAUUACGCCAGAAUCGCUGUAUAACACAAGCUGUGCAAUUCCGUUUUAGGAAUUGUAUAUACUACUACUUUUCAAGACUGAAUUCGCAUAAAUCGAACACAAGUUUAAAUUCAAACCAUAAACCAAAGAAUGAGGUUUCUGACAAAAUAAAGCCCAUUAAAGAAAGAAUUAAAGAAAAUGCAAAAACUGCUAGCUAUAUUGGAGUGAUAGUACUAGGAUUUGGAGUUACUGGAAUUAUGUUUUACACAAUUUCUAAAGAAUUAUUUUCGUCAAAGAGCCCAAACACCGUGUACAACAAAGCACUUCAACGAGUUAUCAGUGAUAACAGAGUUCAAGAUGCUCUUGGAGUUCCUAUUAAAGGUUAUGGUGAAGAAACUAAACGUCAAAGACGUAACCAUGCUGCUCACAAAGUUUUUAUGAGAAAUGGAAUUGAACAUAUGCGAAUGCAAUUUUACGUUCAGGGAUCAAGACAAAAAGCAACAGUACACUUAGAAGUAAAGGAGAUUUCAAUGUUAUUUCCCCGGUGGGUUGUAGAGUAGAAAUACCCACAACGGGAGAGUAGAAAUACCAAAGAUGGUCUUUCAACGGAUGGGUCUCUGAUUCAAACCGCGGACAGAUUACCAUAAAUAUAAAGUAACAAAUUAGUACACAAAUAAUAUUCAUAUAUUCAUAAUAUUCGGCAUUAAGAACUAAGAAAAAUAAACAAUAAAUAUUAAUAACUUUAAAUAUUUACUAUAAGGAAAAAUAAAGCUACACCUCGGCUAGUCACCUACCUCGUUAAAACUGGGAAAUGAUUAUCUAUGAUAUCAUAGAUAUGAUAGCAUAGGACUUGUUCUCGGGGAGAAGAAAAAAAAAAAUAGACAAUUAACUAAAGCUAUUAAUUAAGCCAAAUUGGAAUGGCAAUCUUUUGAAAAUAAAUUUUCGAGACCAAUGAAAGUAAUUGCCAAAAAUCUACAUCCAUCAUGUGAUCCACAGGAUAUUAAGUGUGAACUUAUCCAAAUGAGACUCAAAUGCGUAGAUGUCAUAAAUAAAAUUUAAAAAAUAAAAGAAAAUGACGAGGAUACUAUUAAAAAGUUGCCUCUUUUUAUGUUGUCCUUCGAUUAUAUCUAAGACAUAAAUAAAAUAUAUAAAAUAGAUUAUAUAUAGCACAUAUAGAAUAUCCCGCAAUGUAAGAGAUGUCAGAGAUUCGAACAUACCUAAAUAUUUUGCCAAAGAGGAGCUAAAUUUGCUAAAUGUUUAAGGAAAACUGUCCGCGAAUUAGAAUGCUGCUAUCGUAAUAUUGAAAGUCCGACUUAUUAGUUUGCUUAUGUCAACAGAUUCCGAAUCUUUUUGACUUUUGAUAUUUAAGGCAUUUUAUCAAAUGUUUAAAAUUUGGGAUAUAGCUUUAAUUUGACUUUCGAUCACUUUGUUGUCAUGUUACUCUUGGUGAGGAAGUAGCUGACAUACGGAACGGACCUAUCUAAGUCAACAGAACCACAGAUUGGGUAGGCUUCAUGCAAUUAUUAGAAAUAUACAUUCUCUAAUACUUUGUGUAUUAGAGAAUGUAUAUUUUCAACUAACAAGUUCGCUAGGCAAUAAAGUCGUUUAAAUUGAAUAGGGCUCCAGAUUUUAAGCUCAUUACUGCUGAAAUAAUAAGAGAACUACCGAGAAGGGCAUCGACAUUUUUAAAAAAAGUGAUAAAUGCAGCAGUUAAUCUAAGGUAUGUUCCUAGUCCUUGGAAAGUAGCGGAAGUCAUGAUGAUAAGAUAAUCGGAAACCCUUAAAUAUUCCAAAGUCAUAAGUUGUUAACAAGGCUAAUGCUGAUAAUAGAGAAUAUGGAAUUAAUUUAAAACCAUCAGUUUGAUUUUAGAGCGAAGCAUGCAACAAUUGACUAACUACACAGAAUGAAAAAUGCUGUGAAAAAGGCGUCAGAAGAAAUAUGUUCGAAGAUGGGCGUCUACCAAAAUUACAAAAUUUUUACGCAGAAUGUGCAAUCUACUUUUUGUUAAACAUUUUGGUAAACAAUACGGAAAAAAAGUGGUCUGGAAAUAUUCCAAAAAAAUAUAGGAUUCAAAAUUUAGGAACGAUUUCAAAUUUUUUUUAAAAGGAAUCUAAAAAAAAUAUUUAGAUUCCUAAUUUUUGCACUCACUAACAUAUGUUCCUAAAAUGAAAGUGAACUCGCAUAACGGUUUUGAGUACUAUUACUUUAGCAUUAUUUCUUUUUCGCUGUAGGACGGGUUUCCAUUAUUUUUGGGACAUCUUUCACUCUGCUUGUCGUUUUAUAACAAUUUUUUUUUGGAAUCUGUUACAAUUUUUUGUUGCAACAAAGUCCAUUAUUUUCCGCACUCAAUUCUAAAGACUUGGGGAUAAUGUACCAAAAACACAUGUUUUUUAUUGGUUACAAAUCCAAAAAUUGUUUUGGAUAUAAUACUAUGUCAAUUUGUUGUGAAUAAUAAUUUUUUUGGACAAAAUGCUUUUUAUUUUAGAAAGUAAAAUUAAUACCAUUUGUCUCAUUUUCUUAUUUUUUCUCCUUUUUUUUUUAAUCACAUUUCAAACAUAUUUUGAAACUCGCUACUUAAACUUUAGGGGCAGGUACUAAUUGUAGCUUUUUUCUUUAAAUAGUAAAAAGUAAAUGAGUGACGCGAUUAGUAUGAGAAUCAAACCCAAAAUUAAACAUUUUAUAAAUUGUCAAUUUUUUUGAUUAUUUCUUACUAUACCCUAUUUUUGUAAAUUGGGCUCUUUUUAUACCCGAACGAACGUAUGUUCGAAGGGUAUACUAAAUUUGCUUUACCGUUUGUAACGCUAAGAAAUAACGAUGUUAGAUAUAGACUCAAGUGUAUGUUUUUGAUCAGCGUCAAAUUCUGAGUUGAUUUAGCUUUGUCUGUCCGUCCGUCCGUCCGUCCGUCCGAACGAUAACUCAAAAACUAAUUGAACUAAGUUCACCAAAUUUUCACAAAUGAUUUAUCGUAGUAAGUGCCAGAACCCUAUUUAAAUUGGACAUGAUCGGGGUACCGGUUCGGGUAGCUGCCAUACAACUUCAAAAUUUAUUUGGCUAUAUCUCAGAAACUAUAAAAGUUAUGGUAUUGAAAUUUCACACAAACAAAUAUAUUAGUGGGGCCAAUGUGUCACAUAAAAGUCGUUGAAAUUACUUGGCUCCUUCUGGUACCUGCCAUACAACUUUAAAAGUUAUUUGGCUAUAUCUCAGAAACUAUAAAAGCUUUGAUAUUGAGAUUUCACACAAGUGAAUAUAUUAGUAGGGCCGAUGUGUCUCGUAAAAAUCGUUGAAAUUACUUGGCUCCUUCUGGUACCUGCCAUACAACUUCAAAAGUUAUUUGACUAUAUUUGAGAAACUAUUAAAGCUAUGGUAUUGAAAUUUCACACAAACGAAUAUAUUAGUAGGGCCAAUGUGUCUCAUAAAAGUCGUUGAAAUUACUUGGCUCCUUCUGGUACCUGCCAUACAACUUCAAAAGUUAUUUGACUAUAUCUCAGAAACUAUAAAAGCUGUGAUAUUGAGAUUUCACACAAGUGAAUAUAUUAGUAGGGAAGAUGUGCUUGAUAAAAUUCGCUAAAAUUUCUUGGCUCUUUUUGGUAGCUGCCAUACAACAUCAAUAGUAGUUUGGCACAACCAGUAUUUUGAAUAACACAUAGUACUGAAAUUUUGCAUAAAUUAAUAUGGUAAUACGGCAACUUAAAGUCAUAGCCUGCGCCAUAGUUAGUUAUGGCACAUUAGUUAUUCGCACAUAGGAUAACAAAUUCGUACGGGUAUCACAGAGUUGACAAGGUCAACUCUAUUUUUUUUCUCGUUUAGUUUAGUAAUUAACGAUGUAAAGUUUAUGUAUCCACUUAAAAAGUGAAAUUUAUUUACCUAUAAUGCCUUAAAAGGAAUAACCUGUAAUGUCUGAGCGAAUUAACGUCAAUUUAAUUUAUAAAAUAUAAACCAGCAAUAUAAAUAAAAUGAACUUCUAAGUUAUUUUAUUCUUUUUUACAAAAUUUUGCAAAAUUUACUAGCUUUUAUUCCUUGAAUUUUCGUAUUCUUAACCAAAAAUAUGGGUAUUCUUUCCCACAAUAUUGGCAAAACAACGGCGACGCUUUAAAAAAAGAAAUAAGAAAACGUACCGAAGAUUUCCAAACUCCUCGUAGAAGUUUCUUGCCUUUUGUCAUAGGUUGCGUAGGUGGAUGUAAGUGCUCCAAACAAAGACACCAGUUAUUUCAAUAGAAAAAAAUUUCACUCAGUUCUUCUGCAAAUAAAAAAUAUUUCUUUACGUUAGUUAUAAUAUGAAACUAGUCCUAGCAAGUACUAUUCCUGUAGUUUUGAAAUUGUGUUCCAUUCUGUGCGUGAGAUAAUUAUGCGUAAUUAAGCAAAUAAUUAGUUGCUUUGACAUCUAAUAUCUUUUGUUUAAUUUAUUUCAGAACCUUGCUUUGAGUUAUGUCGCAUAAAAUUGUAAAAUACCUUUGACAAUAAGCACUUUAAGCGAUCAAUUACUGCUUACGCAAAAAAUAAUUCGCUACUAAAAUUCAUGCACAUAUGUAUUUGGAUUUACAGGCGAAUAAAACGCGUGAAUGUGUAAUCAGUUAACACUAAAACUAACUACCAUAAUGCGUAUGGCAAAACGAUUUCUAUGCAAAAAGUCUCAGGUUCGAACCCUGUAAAAUGCGAUUUGUUGGUUUUGAUUGAAAAAAAAUUUGUCAGAUAAACUUUUUUUUUAAGGAUAAUUUUAUUUUUUUUUUGUUUUUAUUUAAAAUGAAAUUAAAAAAGCUUUACCCUUACAAAUCAAUGUCAGUGAGUUUCCGUUCUAAAUAUUUUUUUGAAAAUACCCUAUUUGUAAGAAGUUUAAUGCAAUAGAAUAACAUUUUCUUAUAAAAUUUUAUCCUAAAAAUAUAUUGUCAAGAAAUUUAAUGCACACUGAUUUUUUGCUUACUAAUACAUUUUGCAGCAGAUCGCGAAAAGAAUGCAUAACUAAAAGCGUGCGUACAUAUUUAUUAUAAAACAAUGUAGAUUUAAUUAAAUCUUUACAAUUUUCUUAAGAAAGUGUUCACUUUUUGUUAUAACUCACACUUCGAAAUAUGAAUUUACAACAAUAUUUAUACUACCAAAAUUAAUAAAAAAUUUACCACUACAGGAUGUAGGACCAUUUUGUAAUAAGCGGUCACAAAGCAUCUUGGGAGGUGGGUGGAACUCUUGCUUUUUCUGGGAUCCUAUAGGCAAAGCCCUAUCUAAUGCCUUUUGUCCUAUGUCUCUAGCCCUUCUAGAAGUACCCGUACUUUUUGACACCUGAGAAGUAGCUAUAUAUAUAUAUAUAAUAUAAAAUUUUUAGGGUACAUAUGAGAGCUUCUUAAAAUUAAACUAGGAGAAAAAUUAAGAGAAAGAACUUUUGUAUUUUGAGACUCAACAUAUCCCCUAGAAAAGUAUCUCAUCGUUCCAUACCGUGAAAAUAAAUUUUUAACUGAAGAUCAAAAGAAAUUUAAUUUUAUUCAUAGCUCUGCUUGAUGAUGCAUAGACCAAGCUUUUGGCAAGUUAAAAGGAAUGUUUAGAAUAUUAAAGUAUAUAAAUAUUAAUAAUAUCAGGUACAUAAAAUGUACUGUAAUUUCAUGUAUAGCUCUUCACAAUUUUAUAUUACAAAAUGGAAAGGAUAGUAGUUUUGAUCAAGCAUACUGGAAAGUGAAGAC